AUGCCAACAGGCGGAUUACCGGAAAAAACUCUAAAGGAAGUGCGAUAUCGGGGAAUCCCAUUCCAAGUGGGGAAAUACAGAUACGUGGGAUCACUAUUUCAUCGGAAAGAUACCAAUGCAACGAAGCACAAGUCACAUAAUGUUCUAGGCGCUGAAUUAAAAGUUUUGAUUCGGCACUUAAAACCAGGAACAAGGGCAAGCAAAAAGGCACUAGCGAUGCAACGUGAUUUGAAGGGAAGAAGAGUGUCUGGUCUUUACAUCACUGCAGCGUGCGUAUUUUGCUUUUUCGUGGGAACGUACCCCGCGACCGCUGGUCGAGUUGAGAAAAAUAAAAAACAUCUUGGAGGUCCACCUUCUUAUAAUACGAUACAAUUACACAACAUCGAAGACGAGGAGUCUAAUCCAACCGUUGAAGAACUAACAUUUGAUCCACAUAUUGCCACAUUACUCCUACCAUAUAGAAGAUUUCUUGAAGAAAUGAGGAAUCAUUACGUAGAACAAGAAUCACAACGAGGCCGACACUUAUCUAAUAUACUUAAGUGGUCUGUUGUGGAACAUUCUUUGUCAGCUUAUCAAGACCGGCUGUUGACAUAUGAUGUAAGCCCUGGCUUUAAAAGAUGGCUAGAAAGAUUAUGGAGAGUUCAUAUAAAGGAACACUACAUCAUUGAUACAGUAACGGCAUUAACUGCUAUUACUUCAGUUAUUUCCUACUCAUCUAUACCCUGCCGAGGUCCAGGGAGUAAACCAUCAGAAAACCAUAUAAAAUCACAAAUACGAUACUUAUGUAAAUUGGGAAUAUCAUCACCAAAUCCAGGUAAUGGUGGAAGCGGAUCAGCUAGAUCUGAUUUUGCUGCUGUUGUUUUCAAUGGCACCGAUCAACAGUUUCCCUUUUUUAUAGUUGAAUUUGAGACUGAUGGAUUUUCAGUACAUAAGGAUGAAAUAGUCGUGGCGGCAGAAGCUGCAUUCGAAUACAAUCGUAUUCUUGCAGCUGCCCACCAUUUAUCAGAAGAUGAAGUAAAUGCACUUCGCCUGCAUAUCGGUCUUAUAAAUGGAACAACCAUUCACCUGGGUUCAAUGAAGCCGAUCUAUGACGAAGAAAAAAAAUCUUUGAUCUAUGCCUAUGAAAUAAACAACAUCACUUUCAAUAUACCCAGCUCGCAUAAUCGAAUUGAUCACUAA